AUAUCAAAGAGGAGAGAGAACGAGAGAAGACGCACAUUGACCGAAGUGAGAACGUAGAGAGAGAAAGUCUCAACAUACAUUCAGAGACGCCAUUAAAGUAACGCCAAAGAGGAGAGAGAAAAACCCUAGGCGCCCCCCGGCACUCCCUCCAAAUUCUGCCCCCCUUCCCGUUAGCCGCCUCUCACUCUCCUUUUUUUGGUCUUUUCCCUGCUUGUGGUGGCCACAUGUAGAGCGAGAAAGAGGGAAAGAGAGCGCAACUCCUCUGCAAAACCCACUCUCUCUUUCAUUCUCCAACCCCUCUUGCUUUCUCCUCAACUAUGGCGGCUACUGCAACUUUACCCCUCUCCAAGCCCUCCUUUCUCUUUAGAGAGAGAAAAUCCUCCACUCCACCUCAUUACCACCACCGCUUUUUCUCCUCCGCCUACUCCACCCCCAAAAAAUCCUCUCUAUCUCUAAAAGCCGUCCUCUCCGACUCCCCCAACGACCCUGCAACCCUGACCACCCACCAAAAAAACCUCCAUUCCCCUUUGCCCUCGAGCUUCAUCUCUCGCUUCGCUGACGAAGAGCCUCGAAAGGGAGCUGACAUUCUGGUUGAAGCUCUAGAGAGAGAAAAUGUUAAACAUGUUUUCGCCUAUCCCGGUGGUGCCUCUCUCGAGAUUCAUCAGGCCCUGACCAGGUCCAAAACCGUUAGCAAUGUCCUUUGUCGCCAUGAACAAGGUGAGAUAUUUGCAGCCGAAGGCUAUGCUCGAUCUACUGGUAAGGUGGGUGUUUGUAUAGCCACCUCUGGACCGGGAGCCACCAAUCUGGUUAGUGGGUUAGCUGAUGCAACGCUUGAUAGUGUUCCUUUAGUCGCCAUUACUGGUCAGGUUCCUCGAAGAAUGAUCGGAACUGAUGCUUUUCAAGAGACCCCUAUUGUCGAGGUAACCAGGUCUAUAACAAAGCACAAUUAUCUUGUUCUUAAUGUCGAUGAUAUACCUAGGAUUGUUAGAGAAGCUUUCUUUUUAGCUUCAUCGGGUCGACCUGGCCCUGUGUUGAUCGAUGUGCCUAAAGACGUUCAGCAACAAAUGGCGGUGCCCGAUUGGUAUCAACCCAUGAAAAUUCAUGGUUAUAUUAACCGGUUGCCAAAAAAUCCCGAACUUUCUCAGCUUGAACAGAUUGUGCGUUUGAUUUUGGGAUCGAAAAGGCCUGUUCUUUAUGUUGGGGGUGGCUGUUUGAAUGCUAGUGAGGAGUUGAGGAGGUUUGUUGCGCUAACUGGGAUACCAGUUGCUAGUACUUUAAUGGGGUUGGGAUCCUAUUCAUGUUCAGAUGAUCUCAGCUUGCGUAUGUUAGGAAUGCAUGGUACUGUUUAUGCAAAUUAUGCUGUUGAUAAAGCUGAUCUUUUGUUAGCUUUUGGGGUUAGAUUUGAUGAUAGAGUGACUGGAAAAUUGGAGGCUUUUGCAAGUAGGGCGAGUAUUGUUCAUGUCGAUAUAGACCCAGCUGAGAUAGGAAAAAACAAGCAACCCCAUGUUUCUCUUUGUGCUGAUAUCAGGCUGGCUUUACGUGGGUUGAAUCAUUUGUUGGAGGAGAGAGAAAGGAGUGCGUCUGAAUCAUUCAUGGAGAGAGAGGGUGGUUUAACGAAUGUCAAGCUCGAUUUCUCGGCUUGGAGAGAGGAAUUGCAAGAGCAGAAGAUGAAGUGGCCUCUGAGCUAUCAGACUUUUGGAGAGGCUAUUCCACCCCAAUAUGCCAUUAAAUUAUUAGAGGAGUUAACGGAGGGAAAGGCCAUUAUAAGCACUGGAGUGGGUCAACACCAAAUGUGGGCUGCUCAAUUUUAUGAUUAUCAAAGGCCAAGGCAAUGGCUAACCUCUGGUGGUUUGGGUGCAAUGGGUUUUGGAUUACCUGCUGCCAUUGGAGCAGCGGUGGGUAACCCUGAUUCGAUUGUAGUCGAUAUUGAUGGUGAUGGUAGUUUCAUGAUGAAUGUUCAAGAACUUGCAACCAUAAGGGUCGAAAACCUCCCUGUAAAGAUGAUGGUUUUGAAUAACCAGCAUUUGGGUAUGGUGGUUCAAUGGGAAGAUCGAUUUUAUAAGGCGAACAGGGCUCAUACUUAUCUUGGAGACCCAUCAAGGGAAUCAGAGAUUUUCCCCAAUUUGUUGAAAUUCGCAGAGGCCUGUGAUAUCCCAGCUGCUCGAGUAACAAAGCUUAAUGAGCUCAAGGCUGCCAUUUCAAAGAUGUUAGAGACCCCUGGGCCUUACUUAUUGGAUGUUGUUGUGCCUCAUCAGGAGCAUGUGCUGCCUAUGAUCCCGAGCGGUGGAGCUUUCAAAGAUAUAAUCACAGAAGGAGAUGGGAGAACUUCAUACUGAGAUUGGAAGCCACUACGGUUUGUGUUUCUUGUAUAUAUAUGCUCAGGAAACUGCAAAGGCAGCUGAUUUAGGAAAUGUGUGUUAAUUAGUUGAGUUAGAUCAUGCUAUGAGUUGGUUUUUAUCGUAUAUCUAUGAACUAUCAUUGUUCUGUUCCUUUGACGUAAGAAUGUUUUAGGGCAUGGUAUAUUCUGAGCUAUUCAGGUAGACCUACAACUUCACGUUUUCGGGAUAUCUAUUGUUAUUGUACUGUAUUGGUGGUUGAAUAUUUAUGAGGUGCUUCAUUUUGUACUCAAACUUGAGCGUGAUAUAUUCAAGACUAAUAUAUAGUUCAUGCGAGCUGUUCGAUUUGUGCUA